AUGAGUAAAAUAAAUUUAUCAAUAAGUGAAUGUAAUCAACUACGCUUACUACCAUCAAAUGAUUUAUCUAGACAUCUCUAUUUCUCUACUAAUGAGUUUAUCGAUCAGAUGAAACAAACAAAUAACAAAAUAAUCGACGAAAAUAAUGAUCUUGAUGAAGGUGAAGAUCAAGGUGAGUGUGUUGAAGACAUAGGCGAUGAUGAUGAGGAUGAAGAGGAUGACGAGGAGGGAAUCAGUGCAGAAUUAUAUGAGGAUGAGGCGGAGAACGCAGAAGAAGAUGAUGAUGACGAUGUUGACACAAUAAACAGCUACAAAAAACAGUCUACAAGACACAAUUUGAAUUCUAAUUCAAAUGACUAA